AUGGAAAAUAAAGAUGAUAGAAAUAAAAUUAGUGUUAAAGGAUUAGAUAUGACAACAGAUAUGGAAGCAGAUGCUUACGAGAUAGCAUUGAAAGCAUUAGAUAGAUUUUCAAUCGAAAAAGAUAUGGCUUAGUAUAUAAAAAAUGAAUUUGAUAGAUUACACGAAAAAUACUGGCAUUGUAUUGUUGGAAAAUAAUUUGGAUCUUCAGUUACACAUGAUUCAAAACAUUAUAUAUAUUUUUAUAUAGGAGAAAUGUCAUUUUUAUUAUAUAGAUUUGGUUGA